AUGAAAGGUUAUUUUUCUACAUCAUCUGUUGUUGAGAAAAUUAGAAACAAGGAACCAAAAAUACAUUGGCCUGAUCAAAUUUGGAAAAAAUUUCUACAUCCAAGCAUUGCUAGUAAUGUAUGGAAAAUUCAACAGGGGGUGUACAUUGAUGAUGAAAAGUUAAUCAAGAAAGGCUGUUCUCUUGCUUCUAAAUGUUGUAUCUGCCAGCAGAAUCAAGAUAGUAUGGAGCAUCUCCUGUGGUCCUGCAGUUUUAGAAAACACAUAUGGCAAUGGUUAAUCACUAUUUUUCAAUUCCAAAUACCUACUUCCUUCUCAGAAAUUCUCAAUUUUGCAAAACAUAAGAGCUCAAUUGUCAAGCAAGCAUGGAUAACAACAGCAUGUGCAACAAUGAGAGAACUAUGGUUCCAAAAAAAUAAAUUUAUUCAUGAAAACAUACCUCCAAAUUUGGAGUGCUUCAAAAGAAGAAUCAUGAGUCUGGUGUUUUAUGGUGGUUACAGAAUGACAGGUACAAGAUGGGGACAGAAUUAUGAUUCUAAAGUCCUUCAUUUCUUUAACCAUGGUCAGAGAAACAUGAAGUUCAAAAAAAUCCAAGAGUGUCAGUGGUUCAAUCCAAAUGAAGGUUAUGUGUUAUUUAGUUGUGCUGGAAUGGCAAUUGGUAAUCCAAGUAUGGCUGGUUUUAGCAUUAUUGCUAGAAGUCAUGAAAGUAAGGUCAUUGGUACUGUCUCAGGUGGAACUGGUAUAGCUACUACUUAUAUAGCUGAUGCAUUGGCUAUUGUGUGGGCUAUUGAAUGGACAGUUAAAUUACAGUGUAGUAAGAUACUCAUCAGAUCUCACUCUCUAACAGUAAUAGAAGAUGCCAAAAAAGGUGUGAUGCCUUGGUGCUUACAAUCAAGAUGGAUGAAAGCCAAGAAGGAUAUUACUGAAAUUAUCUAUGAACAAUGUUAUAAAGAAGUGAACUUCUCUGCAAUUGAGCUUGCUAAACAAGGUGCAAGAUUACCUCAGAGGUCUGUGGUAGUUAAUAAAGGGAAGCCUUCAUCUCUAGAUCAAAUUGAAUUACCAGGCAUAAAGUACUAUAGAUUCUGUUAG